AUGGACGAGACAUCUGGCCGUGGGCACCGAGAGAAGAAGCCCAGCGAAAAGGUCAAAGAACAAGUAUCGGCCAAGAUAGACAGAUACGAGGACGAGAAGACGGUUAUACUACCAACCUACAUUGCGCCCAACGAUCCGAAAUUCUUUCAAGACCAGAAGGAGGUGCCCAAAAUCUAUGAUCACACGAAAGUAGCACCUAAUGGUGACAAGAUCGAUUUCUACUCCCUGGGAACACAUGUCGAGAGCAAAGAAAAGCGAUACUAUGUACGCGCGAAACGAGAUCCCGACACCUACUACUUCCAUGCCGAUGAGGCUCCUCCUCGAUAUGCCCGCCUCAGCGACGAGAACCAUCCCCAAUGUGGAGUGGAGGGUCUAAAGAACACCUUCACCAAAGACAUGCUAGGCAAGAGUGGAGAGUUCGGCAGUUACACUACAAGAGCAAAUGUCUUUGCGAGAGAAGGCAAGUUCUUUUUCGAGGCAAAGGUCAUCAGCAUAGCACCCCCGGGCAGAGAGCCUCCAACUCGUGCUCUUGCGGAUACUCAAAACCCCGACCGGACCGCCACGAAUCGAGGUGGGCUACGAGUUGGAUUCUGCAGGCGGGAACAUCACUGGAGUGAGAAUAUGGGAGGGAACGCAUACAGCUAUGCCGUCGUCCUUCGAAGCGGCAGGUCGAGGGAGUAUGGCAGUGUUCGAUUCAACACCCUGAUGUACCACGUGCAGGGCGAAGGUGCCACCGAUCCCGAAGACCUUUCACCGGGAGAUGUUGUCGGAUUGAUGAUCACUCUCCCGUCGCUAGAGGUGCACAAGAAAGUCGUCGAGGGCACGUUCAAUCCCGCAGAAUACCCAGAUCUCAAAUGCGGCCCUGCCAUCGUCAAAAAGAAGUCAGGGGUGGGCAAGAAGGCCGCUAAGAGCGGGCCCAAAUCGAAAGACGGCGAACUUGGGAAAGGCAAGGAAGAGACAAGCAAGAAGUUACAUACUCGCAGCGCCAUCCGGAGCGAAUUACAGCCCGUUGCUGGCUGUGCUGUUCCGUCGGACCAUGACAUUAUCCGCGAUCGCAACCCGUUCCUUCACAGGGGGAUGACUUAUUUUGAAAGUCCAGAGUACACUCCCAACCACGACCUGAGUCGGCCAACACUAAACUCAAAGAACAAAUCCGUCAACCCGGAGACUGGUAAGAAAUAUGAUCUUCUUACUGACCCCCACCCCAACCACGAACUGCCGCAUCUGCGUACGCUACCAGGAAGCAAGAUCGAACUUUGGGUGAACGGGAAAUACCACGGAGUCAUUUGGGAACAUCUGUUUGCUUUCCUACCACCAGCAUCAUCCAUCGAGAAAGGCAGUCGCGCUGUCACCGGUCACGGCGACGUGGAUGAUGGCUUGCUGGGGUACUACCCUGCGAUUAGUCAUUACACAGGCGGUGCGGUUGAGUGCAAAUUUGACGGGCCAUGGUGGUACGGAUACAGUCAGGACGGGCCCCAACAUCCGGAUGCUCGCCCUAUUGGCAUACGGUAUCAAGAGCAGAUUGUCGAGGACAUGGUGAAUGACCUGGUGGACGAGAUUUACCAAGAAAAGUUGUACAAUGAUCCAGAGUGGAUGAAGAAGCGAGUGUUGAAUGCCGCCCAGGUCAAUCCCCAGCACGGCUAA